AUCCUUUGACGUCAACAUAUUUUAAAAUGGCUGCUGGGAUGUGGAAUCUGUGAGACGACAAACCAUAGAAAUUGCGGUUACUGACAAGGCGUAUCACUCUGAAGGCUGCAGAUACACUAUGAAGUAAAAAUUUAUUUAGUCUUCGAUUAUGGAUCUCAGAGUACGCGGUUUCGUCUUUUCUCGAAUACCCAAAUGGAAAAGGGCCAUGGAGUUAACUUGGUUAUGGAUCGUCCUUGUGCGCUCAGCAUCAGACAAUUCCUUCUACUCCUGCAAACGGUACCUGAGAUUCAGUUUAGACUGCAGCAGCGUCUGUCUGGGAAGUCUCAAGGCACGCCCGUAUACACAAGAAUACACGACAUUCAGCGACAUAAGUCUAAGAAACACAAGCCUCGCGUAUCUGGAAGGAAACGUUUUCGACCAGAUGACCAACCUCAAGUCUCUGUAUUUGAGUAACAACUUUUUGGAGAGUCUGGAUUACCGCCUCUUUUCCAAACUGAAGAAUCUAAUGCAUCUGGAUUUGAGAAACAACAGGCUUAGCAAUCUUGAAGAUCGAUUGUUUAAGAACCAGAAGAGACUAGUGCAUCUGUUACUGGCUAAUAAUCGACUCACCGUACUCGACACGAAGGUAUUAUCGCCAUUAAGAUCUCUCAAGAUCCUGGAUUUGUCUAACAAUCGGUUUGUUUGCGACUGCCAGCUGUAUCCGACGUUUCUGUGGUGCCAACACAGACUUCUAGAAACCAAUGCCUCUUGUCACUUGCCAGUAAUUUAUACAGAAUCGCCGUGGACAGUGCUAGAAUUUCAAAACUGCACAGCAUCCUACAUGCCUAAGAGGACCGGCCAGUCUGCGUCCCUUGCCAAACUCAGCGACAAGACUUUCUUGUUCAGCGGUGCGUGUGUUUCAGUUCUGCUGGUGUGCGUCUGUGUGCUAGUGUCAGUAUUUUGCUGUAGGAAAUUUCACAGAACACCAAAUCGUGACAAUGAAAUCUACAGCAAUCUUAGACAAACUGAAGAUGGUUAGUAUGUUGUACACUCGAGCAGAAUUGCUUUCUGCUGUAGACUACGCCAUGGACAAGAAUACAGCAAGAAUGUACCUCCAGUUGAACAAAACAAAAAAAUACAAGAUUUUUGUCUUCUGGGUUGUUGCGCUGUGUAGUCUGGUCAAUGUUAACCAACGUUUCAGAGGUCAUA